GCGGGGAGGCGAGCGCGGCGGCGGCGGCAGAGCGCGAGCUGCAGGAAGCCCAGCUUGCCCAAAGAGAAAGAGAAAGUGGCCGCCCCUCAGGCCGCCCCGCCCGCCUCGCCCCGCCCCGCGGCCAAUCCCCGGCGGCCCUGGCCUCCUCGGGAGACAGCUUCCCCUCCUCGGUGAGCCGGCGGCUGGAGUCGCGGGGGAGCCCGGUCCUCAGAACCGCGGGGACAGAGUGGGGGCUGAGCCUUGAAAUUCCUCCAAAGGUGGAGGACCGCCCCUCCCCCUCAGUCCCAGCCUCCCUCCGCGUGGCCUCCUCCCCCAACACCAAGUCCUCCUCUGUCUGGCUCCUACCUGGCUCAUCCGAUCAAGUUAAAUGGCUGAUAAGCAGAUCAGCCUGCCAGCCAAGCUCAUCAAUGGUGGCAUCGCUGGGUUGAUCGGGGUCACCUGCGUGUUCCCCAUCGACCUGGCUAAGACGAGGCUGCAGAACCAGCAGAAUGGCCAGCGCAUGUACACCAGCAUGUCCGACUGUCUCAUCAAGACCAUCCGCUCCGAGGGCUACUUCGGCAUGUACCGGGGAGCCGCUGUGAACCUGACCCUCGUCACCCCUGAGAAGGCCAUCAAGCUGGCAGCCAAUGACUUCUUCCGCCAUCAGCUCUCUAAGGACGGGCAGAAGCUGACCCUGCUGAAGGAGAUGCUGGCUGGCUGCGGGGCUGGCACCUGCCAAGUGAUCGUGACCACCCCCAUGGAGAUGCUGAAGAUCCAGCUGCAGGACGCAGGCCGCAUUGCUGCCCAGCGGAAGAUCCUUGCUGCCCAGGGGGGCACCCAGGCCUCCGUGGAGGCUCCGGCUGCUCCCCGGCCCACGGCCACCCAGCUGACCAGGGAGCUGCUGCGCAGCCGGGGCAUUGCCGGCCUCUACAAGGGACUCGGGGCCACGCUGCUCAGGGAUGUGCCCUUCUCCAUCGUCUACUUCCCGCUCUUCGCCAACCUGAACCAGCUGGGCCGCCCGGCGUCCGAGGAGAAGUCGCCCUUCUACGUGUCCUUCCUGGCCGGCUGCGCGGCUGGGAGUGCAGCUGCCGUGGCCGUGAACCCCUGUGACGUGGUGAAGACUCGGCUCCAGUCACUGCAGCGCGGCGUCCACGAGGACACCUACUCGGGGGUUCUGGACUGCGCCAGGAAGAUCCUGCGGCACGAGGGCCCCUCGGCCUUCCUCAAGGGCGCCUACUGCCGUGCCCUGGUCAUCGCGCCGCUCUUCGGCAUCGCGCAGGUGGUCUACUUCCUGGGCAUCGCCGAGUCCCUGCUGGGGCUGCUGCAGGGCCCCCGGGCCUGAGCCUGAGCCUGCUCCAGCCUCGCCCCGGCCAGCCAGGCAGGGCCAGCCGGGCAGGGCCAGCGUGGGGCCCGGCAGGGCGGCCAGCCCAGGCCUUAGUGAGGGGAGACCUCCCCAGCCCUCCCCACUCGGCAGGGGAGGGGCCGCAGGGUCCACGUGGGUGUUGUGCACACAGGCCCCGCGGGGUCCUGCCUGCACCAUUGGGAUCAAUGUCUUAUUUAUGUAGAAAAUGCAGAAACCUUUACAUUCCUCAAGCCAGCCCUUGCCCCAUUCCUGCCUGGGCCUGAACACCCCCAGGGACAGAGCUGGUCUCUGGGCUGGGGGCCCCAGGGCCUGGGCUGGGCAGGCUGGAUCCUACCCCCAAGUCCACCAGCUCCUGUCCCCCGAGGCUGUCCUGGUCCACAAAGGGGACCCCGCACAAACCUAUUUAUUGAUUCUGUGAGCCCAAGUGGCUCUCCAGUCCUUCCGUCCGUCCUCACAGCCACUGUUCCCAUGCAGGACACGACCGCAUCCCUGGCCAGCCUUGCAGGAGACCUGAGGUCUCCUGCCCCCAUGUUGACCAAGGCUCACACAGAUGUGUGAGUCUGUGUGUGUGUGCUUGUCACAGGGAGCAGGGUGUGCCCCCCAGCCCUCCGCUGGCCUAUCCCCCUGGAAGGGGGCUGUGGGGGCUCUGCUCCUCCCCACGUAGGGGGCACUGUGCUGUGCCCAUGUGCUGAGUCCCCCCAGGCUCUCUGCUGACCCCGUCCAGGAACUUAUUUCUCCAGCCUGGCCCCUCUUGCUGCACCUUCCCCUUGUCUGGGGUUGGCCGGGGUGAAGAGCAGGCAUAGGGACCAAUAUGGAGUCUGGGGGUACCUGCCCUGCUGUGGGGGGGCAGGAACUUUCCCCAGCCCCCCUACGGCCCACCCUACUCUCUGAGCCUCUGCACGAGGCCCCUGACCACAGUCCAAAGCUCCGUCCUACCAGCGCCCCCAGUGCCCGGCCCCAUCCGUGUCAGUGACAGGCUCUCCCUGCCCCACCCCGGCCAUGUGAUUGUGUUGGUGACUGAUCCUGACGUGCUGGUGCUGUGUCUCCAAAACUGGGCGCCCACGGAGGCCCCUUCCCAGUGACACUACCUGGGGCUCAGGCUGGGCCCCCCGUUCACGGUUGUUCCUGGGAGCUGCCCCUCCCAUCACAUCUGAACCUUGGAAGCUGCUGCUCUGCUUACAGAAUUAUAUUUUUUUCUUUUGAAGAGUUUUAAGAGUUGUAAUUUUUUGUGUCUUGUCAUGUAAGAGGAUUAAUAAAUAUUCUAAGUAGA